AUGCCGGCAGGUCAACGGCCGGCAGCGGAGCCGAUCGUGCUCCAAGCCAUCAAAACCUUCUUACAAGCUUGUCCUCUCGAUCCACCUCAUGUCCCCGAUAUCCAGCCACACCCAGACCCCCAAGAGAAGCGCGGCACCAUAGUUCUACCUCUGUUGAAGCAAAAUGCAGUCAUGAACUCGAGUAGCCUACAUUGGCAAGCCUUCAAUACCUUUCUCGAUACGUUAGCUAUCGCCUGGUCUGGUGCUGCAUUGUUUUUGGAAGUCUCAAUGAAAGAUGAUUUUCGGAAGGCGACGGAGAUCUGCCGUGCAAAGCGAUUGGCUGACGGGCCAUAUCAAGGUAUCGCGCCCAGGAUCGCGAGCGACUGCUUCGAAUCCUUUCGACUGAGUGCAAACCUUUCAUAUGACCUAGAAUUCCUGACUACUAGCCACCCAAGUCGCACUGUAUCGAUCAUGACAUUUGGGUAUUUCACGGGGGGAGAUCUUGAUUUGCCGAUGUUGAACCAGACACUUCCGAUGCGACCUGGAACUUCUACCAUUUUGUGUACGGCGUUCAAGACUGGUUCAACGCCAUUCGUAGGUGAGAGAUAUCAAGUGGAGUUUUUCUUGCCAGAUCUUACAACGUCUGACUAG